AUGUCUGCUCUCGAUUUAAUCAUUAAACCUGGUUCCGAGCAAAGAUAUUGGCUAUAUUACUGUGGUGUUACGGAGAACAAAUGGCGUAAUGGGCAUAAUGGCAUAGCGAUUGCCAUAUCUGAAAAGGCUCGAUAUUCUCAUAUUGAAUGGAAGUCAGCAAAUAACCGUGUGGCACACGCGCGUUUCAAAGGGUUUUACAAUAUUUCGGUCAUCAAUGUAUAUGCUCUAACUUUAUGCGCAGAUGACAGCGAUAAGAUUAAGUUCUAUGCGGAGCUUCAACUGUUAACAACAUCCUUACAGAGAGGUGACAUCGUCAUAAUCGGGGAACUGGAGUGCGCUCGUAUGUCAUGA